ACAAAAUCCUUCCAAGCGGCAAGAUGGGGAGGGAAAGAGGACUCCUGCUUUCCGUCUUCCCAAAAUGCCCCACAGGACCCUUUGAAAAGUCCGCAAGACCUUCCAAACGGCUGCAGGACGAGAGAGACAGAGCCCCCAUUCAAAAUAUCCGAUUAGAAAUUCUCGGAAUAUGCUUUGAAUUUGAACAGAGGUUGGGACGACCCAACAACGGAAAGGCUUUGAAUUUGGAAGGGUUUUGGAGGGCUGUGAUCUUUUCCGAGUCGAAGGGGGGGUGAGAAGAUGUUCGAUUGCAAGUGCUUCUGUUGGAACAGAGCCUACGAUGUUGUGUCGCCCGAGCCAGAGCCCUUUUCACUGCCUUCUCCGAUCCCCCAGUGGCCAGAAGGUAAGGGUUUUGCCCAGGGAAGAAUAUGUAUAGGAGAAAUAGAGGUUGUUCAGAUCACCAAGUUUGAGCAUGUUUGGAGCUGCCACCUAUUGAAGGAGAAGACGGAAGGUGCUUCGUUUUACAAACCCUCUGGGAUACCAGAUGGGUUUUUCAGUCUUGGUCACUAUGUCCAACCAAACGACCAACCUCUUCAAGGCUUUGUUAUUGUUGCUAGAGAUAUUGGUGCUUCCAAAACAGAAACCAAAAACUUGCCAGCUCUCCAAAAACCCCUUGACUAUACCCUUAUCUGGAGUACGGAUGACUGGGCCGAAGAUAACCAUGAUGGAUGUGGUUAUUUCUGGUUACCAUGCCCACCAGAGGGUUACAAAGCUAUGGGUUGUGUGGUCACUAACAAACCUGACGCGCCUUCAAUUGAAGAAGUGAGGUGUGUCCGAGCUGAUCUCACAGAUACGUGCGAGACAUACGAUUUGAUAAUUACAUCAUCCAAGUUUUCUUUUUGGGUCUGGAACACAAGGCCAUGCCAUCGAGGGAUGUGGUGCAAAGGCCUGUCUCUUGGGACAUUUUUCUGCAGUUCCGACCGGAGCUCUGGGGAUGAGCUCAGCAUAUCGUGCCUGAAGAACCUUGAUUCUUCUCUCCAUGCAAUGCCGAAUUUGGACCAGAUCCAUGCACUCAUAAAAAACUAUGGGCCGACAGUCUUCUUCCACCCUGAUGAGGCUUAUUUGCCCUCAUCGGUGCCAUGGUUUUUCAAAAAUGGAGCUCUGCUAUACAAAAGAGGCAAGCUGACUGGAGAGGCUAUUGAUAGCUCGGGCUCAAACUUGCCUGGUGGCGGAAAAAAUGAUGGAGAGUAUUGGAUAGACUUGCCAAAUGAUGACCAGGAGAAUUAUGUCAAGCAGGGAAAUAUAGAUAGUGCGGAACUCUAUGUUCACGUGAAACCGGCUUUAGGAGGAACCUUCACUGAUAUCGCGAUGUGGGUCUUUUGCCCAUUCAAUGGUCCAGCUACCCUCAAGGUCGGGUUUUUGAAUUUGAAAUUCAGCAAGAUUGGACAGCAUGUUGGUGAUUGGGAGCAUUUCACGCUUCGAGUGAGCAACUUCAGUGGCGAGCUCUGGAGUGUAUAUUUCUCACAGCACAGUGGUGGCGAGUGGGUGAACGCUUGUGAUUUGGAGUACAUUGAAGGGAACAAAGCGAUUGUUUAUUCAUCUAAAAGUGGCCAUGCAAGUUUCCCACACCCUGGGGACUACCUACAAGGGUCUCAGAAGCUCGGGAUAGGCAUUAGGAAUGACGCUGCUCGGAGUGAUCUCUCUGUGGAUUCGAGCAUCAAGUAUCAGAUCAUUGCAGCGGAGUAUCUUGGGGAGGGGAAAAUUACAGAGCCGUCUUGGUUACAAUAUAUGAGAGAGUGGGGCCCGACAAUUGUGUAUAGUUCAAGAUCGGAAGUAGAAAAGUUAAUCAGCGUUCUGCCGUUUUUGGUCAGGUACUCAAUAGAGAGGAUAUUCAAUAAAUUCCCAAUCGAGCUGUCUGGGGAGGAAGGACCAACGGGACCGAAGGAGAAGAACAAUUGGGAGGGAGACGAAAGAUGUUAGGUUUCUUUCAUCCCUCUGCAUAGGAUAUAUUCUUAUGUUCCACGUGUUGCCGAUCAUACCCGGAUACCAAUAUAGAUACAACAUUCAAAUACGCUCAGUACUUGGGUAUGGUACAUGGAUAUAAUAUACGGAUACUGUACUAGUUUGAAGCAUCUAGGUAUUCUGUAUACUACGCAGGUAGGAAAAGGUGGGGAUUUGAAGUUGGUCAUGCAACCAUAUAUUAUCACAAGUCUUUCAAUAUAAAGAUUCAUAAAAAUAGUGUAAAAUCUGUUGGUUGUAAGCAUUGAUUGAGAGAAAAAGUAGUAGUUUUGCCAUCAGUUUCAGAUAUUACUAGCAUCAAAUGCAAGGAUUGUCAAUGAUUUAGGCAACAAACUCACAAUUUGUAGUGGUAAUUCUCUAGAUUUCAUUGUAAGUUGUAGUGAAACCAAUGUUUGAUUUGUGGGUGAAAUUUAUACCUAUCAGGUUGUGUUA